CUCCUCGACUUACGCCGAGUCGCGACUAGUGAACGUCAGCGAACUGACGUGGACGGCCGUAUCUACGUUUGUUCGUGUCACGUUUGACACUUGAAAAAAAAAACGUUUCGCGCGUCUUCUGUCAUUCAGAUUUGAAACUUUCGAGUGCGUUCGGAUAUUUGACUGAGUGUUGUUGUACCAUUAAUUAGGAUUUUAUUUGAAGGAAACUGGUAACGUGUUUGUGUAAUAAUUAACUAUCGGCUUGAACUAGCCGCUGAGACGCUAUAAAGUGAUGAAUCAGCGAGCGCCGGCUAAUUAACAACGUCACUGCUACGAAAACAAAUCUAAAGCUCUAACUAAAUUAUUUAGCUUCUGGGAUAUUUUGCGGCGGCAGUCCCCAGUACGGCGGCAAGCUGUUUUACCCCUACUUGAAGACGUCUUCCCUACAAAGGGACUUCCUAUUUGCCAGUGGCUCCGAUCGAAAUGGAUAUAAGGGGCAUAUAGAAUCGAAAUAUAACAUGUACAAUUGUGCAUAUCCUUCAAAAGAUACCUGGAUGCUUACUGCUCUGUUUACGCACUUCAAUCAAAACCACGAGUCGGGAUGCGAGGCUGAUAUGUUGGAGGGCGCGGAGGUGGGACGGCACUCGCCGCCCCGGCCGCAGCAAGAGCCCAUCAACCUCAAGAAUGAGGUAAAGUCCCAUUCGACAUCAGCAGCGGAGUCUGACCGGGAGAGCGGCGCGAGCUCGCCGGAGGGGGGGGCGGCGCGCGCGCAGCUAGCCGAGCCGCGCACCCCCUCGCCCCGGGCGCGCACCCCGCAUCAACAGCCACAUCUGAAUGGCUCCAUGGCGUCAAUGUUCCAAAACCUGCAGAACCUGGCGAACAUGCAACAAAACAUGGCGCCGAUGUCGCAGCAACUACAGCAACAAAUGUCGCAACAAAUGUCGCAGCUUGCCGCCAAUCUUCAAGGCUUAUCGUCUAUGCCCUCCAACCCAGUCAUCAACUCGCCUUUGAAUUUAAGCGUUAGUGCACCUGGUAUGGGAUCACCGAAUCCCGUGGCGAACAACAAUAUGCUGCCGCCCGCCAUGCCGUCCCCGAUGCCACAACUGAUACUAGCGUCUGGUCAGCUGGUGCAAGGCAUCCAAGGUGCUCAGCUACUCAUACCGACUUCACAAGGCAUAGCAACGCAGACGAUCCUCACAAUACCAGUCAACCACGUGAACUCCAACGAUCAGAUGGUGAACCUAGCUCUAAACAACGGCCAAGUGGUGUCCACGUCGCUCGCCAACCUCCAAGCUAUGGCCCAACCUCACCAGCUCCUGAACUCCAACCCCCAACAAUCGGCCAACAUUCGGCCAAACAUGCUGAACCCGACACUUUCAAACGCCCUACUAAAUCCAGGACUGCCAAACUUUUUGUCAAACGGCGCGGCCAAUGCCCAAGAGUUACUCCAAGCUUUGCAGCAACAACAGCAGCAGCAGCCUCAAGGGAAUCACAACCUUCUGCAGACGGUUCAGCAGAACAGUAUGCCUCAGCAGAUGCAAGGUAGACGAUCCUCCUCGCCUCGACCCGAAAGGCAUUAUAAGGAAAGAGAAAACUUCGCUGAUAGAUUCGGACAAGGAUCCAGAGAAAGGAAUGAAAGAGAAAACCCUGGAUCUGCAGCUAUGAACAGCAUCAACAGGCUGGCGGCAUCGAACGGCGAGAUAACGAUCACUACGUCACACAACGCGAACGCCGGACCGGCCAGCAGUGCCGGCAGCGCCGGAUCCGGCCCGAUCCCAUCACCGCAUGCGCCCGUGAAGAUGUCGCCUGGAUCUGUGAAGUCACCUUCGCAGGAUGAUAGUGAUCUGCUUGCUGAUUCGCCAAAUCAACCAACAAUCAGCCAGUCAUCAAGCAACGUGGUCGACGGAAUCAAUCUGGAAGAUAUCAAGGAAUUCGCUAAAGCUUUCAAACUGCGACGGCUUGGCCUAGGCCUUACUCAGACCCAAGUAGGCCAGGCCUUGUCCGUUACAGAAGGCCCUGCAUACAGUCAAAGCGCAAUUUGCAGUGCCCUGGCUUCGCAGAUGCUAGCAGCUCAGCUGUCUUCACAACAACAAAACAUAUUUGAGAAAUUGGAUAUAACACCAAAAAGUGCGCAGAAAAUCAAACCGGUGCUCGAACGUUGGAUGAAGGAAGCUGAAGAGAGGUACGCAUCAGGCCAGAAUCAUCUGACAGACUUCAUAGGCAUGGAACCUAGCAAGAAACGAAAACGACGAACCUCAUUCACACCACAGGCUUUGGAACUACUCAACGCGCAUUUUGAAAGGAACACCCAUCCUUCAGGCACAGAAAUCACUGGACUGGCACAUCAACUUGGCUACGAACGCGAAGUCAUCAGAAUAUGGUUCUGCAACAAGCGACAAGCACUUAAAAACACUGUCAGAAUGAUGUCCAAAGGAAUGGUCUAAACACAGUCCACACAUAUCCUAUACACAACUGCAAAUAUUGGACACCCUUCAAAGUCCUAAAGUCCAUUUAUAAGGUCCAUCAUGUUAGUUUGUAAUCCAUCAAUGGACGCUGAAUUUAUCCAAUCUUUUCCAUUUGUGUACAGGAGUAAAUAAAAUAUGACAAAAGUUAGGGCUUGCAAGUUGAGCGCGACAAUGUUAUCGAUAUCGAUGGUUUCGCUUUAAGAUCUGCACGUAGAUUCGUGAUCUCGUCUCGAUAUUCAAAUUAAUUAUGUAUAAUUUGCAUCGAUAGUGUCUUAUUUAUGAAGGCGAAUGUUUCUUUUUGUUUUUUAUUGAUGAAAAGUCUGGCCUUAACGCAAUCUUUAUGCGAUUCCAGCCAAUAUGAAACAUGAGAAAGUAGAUAAAUAGUAUUAAGUGUAACGUAAAUGUAUUAUAAAACAAAUUUCGACUGAAAUAUUCGUCUCGAUGUAGUUUACAAUGAUAUGAAUGGAAUGUCGUAGCGAUUAAUGUAGGUGUUUACUAGUACAAAGUAAUAAAAUUGAAUUGUCAAAAUCACUUUACCAUUUCAAAUUUCAAUGUCUCCAUUCCCAUUAUUUGUAUUGUUAAAAUAAACUGAUCAAGCAAUGUUAAAGAAAUAGGAACAUUUACUCUUUUCUUAAAAGCAUUUGGUCUAGCAAACUCAAAAGAUGGCAACUUGUGUUUCAGACAUAAACAAAUAGUGUAGCUUCCAGGUUUUCUUUUGUAAAAAGAUUGCAUUUUGUAAAUAAGUACAAUAUGUUUAAUUUCGUGAAUAACAAUGUAAUGUAGCUGAUACAUUAAUUUAUUAAAAAUACUCUGAGUUGUUUCGUUCUAUUUAGCGAAUGUUGCACUUUAUAGAUUUAAGAUCAAUAUCGAUAUUAUGAAAGUAGUUAAAAUGUGUCGUCAAUCUUAGUAUAACCUACUAAGAUUUUUUUAUUAAUCUAUAGUAGGUUUUUGUUGAUAGAUAGGUAUAAAACGAUAUGUAUAGAUUAAUUAAAUAUAAUUAUCUAAUAUUGCCGUAAAUUGUAAAUAUUGUUUUCGUAAUUUGAUUUUAAUGAAAUGUAUUAUUAGUUUUAUGUAUUAAGUAUAAUUUCAUAGCUUUUUAAAAAAGUUUUAUUGUAAUUAGGCAGUAUUCAAGUUGGAUUUUGUGGCGAUAUUAACAGUAUGAUUUCGAUAUUCAUCCAGCAGUUUGUUUAUAAUAAAUUGGAUUAAUGAAUAUUCACCUUUUCAUAGAAAUACAUGUAACAGGGGGUCUUGAAAUUAAAGUUAGAUGAUUUUAAAGCGCAUAUUUCUCGUACGUUGACUGUUAAACUAAUAAAAUUGCCUCGCAUUUGGAAAUGUAGAUUUUGAAGAGUAUACUUAUGAUAUGUAGAUUUUCCAAAAAUACUAAAAUUUGACGUUAUAUAUAAUUAUGUUUUAAGAAAUAAAUACGUGCGAGAAAUAUGCCUAAAUAAAAUUUUAUAUGAUAAAUGUCUCGGUGGAACUCACAACAUUUUAGAAAUUAUGAAAAUAGAUUAUUCGGUGGUUCUAUUUGGUACGCACGUGAUAUUAAAAAAUAUUUGAGAUCAUCGACAAAACAAAAUUCGAUUAUUUUGCAAUUAUGUCAUUGCAUUAUAUCACCACGUCUAUGGAGACAGGUGCCUUAUCGAUAUUUCGGAAUACAAAAUUCAAAACCGUGAUAUUUGCUGAUUUCUUUCAAGUUUUGAUGGUUGACUAGGUAUAUAUUUAAAUCCUUUUGAAAGGUAUACUUUGUAUAACAUUAUUAUACUUCCAAAAUCAUACCUCUCGCAAAAUAUCACAUACCUAUGUAAAUAAUUUAGUUAGAUAGUUUUCAAAUAAAGACCUGCUGUUAACUGUAUUACCAAUAGAUAUAAGGCUGUAAUUGUAAUAUUGUAUGUUAAUGACCAAUGAAAACCAACUUGUGAUCAUUAAUAUUUGUACUGUUACCUACUACUUAACAAGAGUCGUUAAAAAAAUAAUAUUAUAAAAAUUGAACAUAUUUUUCGGCUGUUGAAAAAUUGUAAAUACAAUAUUAAGGAUAAUAAAACUAUUUGGAUUAAUAUUUAGGAACAAAGGGAAAAAAUAUUAUCAAAAUUUAUAUUUUCAAAAAUAUUACAAAUGCAAAAAAGUGUAUUUAAAAAAGGGAUGUUUGGCCAUAAACUAAAAAAUCAUAUUCACGGAAAGGGUUUUUUAUCGACUUAAACACACCACAACACUACACAAGCCACGAGCAGUAAGGUAAACAGUGACUUAAAAAUUGUGCGAUGCGAUGUUGCACGUAAUCUCUGUACUUAUAAUAAAGGAGUCAGGUUUCUCAUUUAUAAAUCAAAUAGAUUACCCUUGUUAUUGCAAGUCAUUUCUUUCAUAAAUUCUUAACACUUUUCUAGAAGACAAACGCCAGUCGUUUCACGUUUUUAAAUGUAGAAUGUAUAGUAUUAAAUCUCCUUACAAUUUAUUCAUAUGAAAAAUCUGAUUCCCAUCAAACAUUAGCGUAAUAGAAAGAGCAUAGAAUGCUAAGUACAAAUGAUAUAAUUUAACGAUAAACUGCUAGUCCCGUUAAAGGUAUAAUUAAAAUAAAAAAUUACCAUGCAAAAUCGCGUUGCACCCUGGUUUUCAUGAUCCACAUGUAUCUAUAAUAAUAAUAGUAAUACAUUAUAAAAAUCUACACAUAACUUCAGCUGUAACACGUAUUCAAACCAAACAGUAACAGUAUGUAAUAGUGUAUUAAUUUUUUCUUCCUAUAAUGGUACCGAACGAAUGAUUAUGGCUGCUGGUUUAUGACGAGAAGCAGAAUAAAGGCAGAUAACUGUUUGA